UUCUAAUCUCAAACUUAGAUCUUGUUCUCUCCUUUUUGCCACUCCCUGCAUUACAUCUCAGUACACAAUGUUGCGUUCAUGGCUUAAGGCUUCUGUGUUGAAUGCUGUUCAACCUCCUCUAGUCUAGUCCUCUAAACGAACGCAAUCAGGUUUUGAUUUUCUCCUCCAGCGGGUUCCGAUUGUAUGGCACCGAUCGCGAAAAAUUAACCAUUGUGAAUGCUGUUAUCAAUGCUUUUACCCGGUUGUACCUUGCGAUCAGCCUAUUGUGCGUUCUUCUAUUAACCGCCUAUCUCCGUCUUCUAUCCUAUUGGUACGGUUAACGACAUCCGCUACUCGCAAAGAUAUCUUCUCAUAUCUCCGUCUGCUAUCCUUUGGGAUCUGUUUCUUCGUACCACGCCCAUCCAUCAGAAUUUGGGCGACAUCAAACCACAGUUCAUCUUACGCAGCGAACUUCAUCUGCGAUAACCUUCUCACCAACUAAUCCAGGUUUAUUUUCUAGGUUUUCUUGAUUAAUUAAAAAGUAAACAAUUCAGAAUUAAGUAAAGAAUUAAUCGUUUAUGCUUGAUUGGUUUUCCUAUUUUAACCUUUUUUUGAGCUUAAAACAAAUGAAGGGUUAGGAAAUUGGAUUAUGUUUCCCAAGGCCAUGUUUGGUUAGAGGGUUUGUGAGGGAAUGAUAACCUUUUUUUUGAGGAAACAUGUCUAUAAACACAAACUUGUAUCUCCUAUGUGAUUGAACAAAAUGUUAUAAUAUAAAAGUUAAAAAACAAAAAGUUUUGAAAAAUUAAAAAAUUAAAAAAUUUCAAAAUUUAAAGAAAAAAAUUUUAAAAUUAAAAAAUUAAAAAAUUAAAAAAUUAAAAAAUUAAAAUUUUAAAAAUUAAAAAUAAAAAUAUUUAAUAAAUAAAUAUAAAAAAUUAAAAAUUCCACACUGAAAAAUGAAAAAUUAUAAAAUUUAAAAAGUAAAAAAUCAAAUAAAAUAAAAUUAUGACUCAUGACCACAUGAGUAAUAUUCACAAUAGUUAGACAUGUAUCUAUUUUUUUAAGUAAGCUAUCAAAUAAAAGUAAAUUGUGAAAAUAUUUUCAUUAAACCUUCCCUCCUAUUUCCUCCAACCAAACACAAUUUUUUAUAAAAAUCCUUCCUUCCCCUUCUCUUCCCUCCUUGACUCUCCCCUUCCCCCUCCUUUCAACAAAACAAGGCCUUAGAGUCUCCCGUUUGUUGGUUUCCCAUGUUUUUGGUACAAGUGAAUUUUCUUUUUAGACAUCAGUUUUCCUCCUAUUUUGCUAAUCGUAUACUAAAUUCAAACUGCAUUUUUUCAAAAUUUCCAAAGUAUAACUAAUUGUGAUAUAGGUGCUAUGCUUCUCUUAUUGAUUCCCGAUGCUUGAAACGAAUAUAGAGUCCCGUAACAGGGAAAACUUUAGAUUUUACAGGUCAAAAACCAACGCAAGAGAUGAAAUUGUAGUAACACUUAGAGUCCUGAUUAAUACACAUGGUUCUUCUUACCUGUCGAGGUUUGAAUCAAAACCAGUGACAUGGUAACCAACAAACACACAUUUAUUGACUUCAACAAAUGUAAGAGGCUGUUUGAGGAUCCACGGAAGGAAUAACAUAAGCCCAUGAAGGGAAGAAUCGGAGGUCCUUUUAUUGUAGAAUACCGGUAGCCGAUAAAUUGUUUUCGGAAUUUCAUACAUAUUAUUAAUUGAGGAAAGUGACGGUAGCUUUUUCAAAUAUUUCAUAAAUGCUAUUGUCCUUUCGGCGUUGUUUCAUAACAAACACUCGACCUCUCCAAUUCAGAGGCAGUCCCAUAUAUUGACGGCUUAAGUUUUCUCUACGUGUUUCCCCCUCACGGAGUAACUUAUUAAGAACCGUAGCUUCUAUCUUAUUUUUAACAAAGUAAUGGUUGAGCAUACCUAGAUAUACUAGAUCUAUAUCAUCAACAACAACGGAAGUCGGAGUAGAAUCAUACAAAUUGUUGUAUUUUUUAAUCGCUUGAGCUCCCGGUAAUUCAUUGUAUGGUCCACUCGGAGCAUGAGCACAAUUUCAAAUUGAUGCAUUCUUUUUGAAUCCGGCUGUGGAUGCGCUGAAUCUAAAUUUUCUAGUGACUUUCUUUUGUUUUCUUCAUUGAUUUUGUCCUCUUCCACAAGUUGAUCUUCUAUAAACUGAUCUUCUAGAAACUGAUCUUCCACAUAUUGAUCUUUUGCAUAUUGAUUUUGAGUAAAUUUUGCUGCACCAGAACAAUAUUAUCUCCCUGCCGAUUCCAAGAAUAGAACGGUAUUGCAUCACAUUAUGAUAUCAAGGAAUAAUCGACAAUUCGAAAUAGUGUUGUGUUUCUGUUUUACUUUCAUCUUGAAAUGGUUGGCCAAACCCUAAAGACUAGUGGAAUCAAUAUCUCUCUUUCCUUUUUUAAAACCACAUCUACGCAAUGAUGAACAUGUGUCAACUACUUGCAAUGCUCCCGGGAAUUUAGCCACACCUACUUCACCUGAUACAGUAUCCUUGAUCUUGAAUUCCAUUUUUGAUGCCUCAAAUUUAUACUCGAGCAACGACAAAUCACAGUUAAUUAUAUUAUGACCAACCCACACUUUGGAAUGUAGAUAUUCGAAGAGCACCACAACUAUCUAUGUGAUUGGUUUAGCUUGAACUUUAUAAUCUUUGUUUUUUAAAAGACGUUUCAAAACAUCUUCCCCACUGCGAGGUUUAAUGUACCAACGGCAGUUUCCACGCUCUUCCAAUGUAUGAGGACAAACGAUGACAAUCCCAACUUCCAAAAGCGUUGGUUUCCCUCCAACUCUUUUAGAAGAUUUGAAUUCAAGCUAAACCCUCCACCAACAUUUCAUAGAUUGUGAAUUCAAAUCUUCUAAAAGAGUUGGAGGGAAGUCAACACUUCUGGAAGUUGGUAUUGUCAUUGUUUGUCCCCGUACAUUGGAAGAGUGUGAAAACUGCCGCUGGUACAUUAAACCUCCCCGUAGGGAAGAUGUUACGAAACACCUUUUAAAAAACAAAGAUUAUAAAGUUCAAGCUAAACCCUUCACAGAUAUAGCUCUGGAACUCUUCGAGUAUCUACAUUCCAAAGUGUGGGUUGGUGAUAAUAUAAUUAAGUGUGAUUUGCCGUUGCUCGAGUAUACAUUUGAGACAUAAAAAAUGGAAUCCAAGGUCAAGGAUAAUGUAUCAGGUGAAGUAGGUGUGGUUGAAUUCCCGAGAGCAUUGCGAGUAGUUGACACAUGUUCAUCAUUCCGUAGAUGUGGUUUUGAAAAAGGAAAGAGAGAUAUUGAUUCCACUAGUCUUCAGGGUUUGGCCAACCAUUUCAAGAUGAAAGUAAAACAGAAACACGACACUAUUUCAGAUUAUCGAUUACUCCUUGAUAUCAUAAUGCGGUGCAGUACCGUUGUAUUUUUGGAAUCGGCAGAGAGACAUUACUGUUCUGGUGCAGCGAAGUAUACUCAAAAUCAAUAUGUGGAAUAUCAACUUGUGGAAGAGGACGAAAUCAAUGAAGAUAACAAAAGAAAGUCACUAAUGAAGUUAGAUUAAGCGCAUCCACAACCGGAUUCAAAAAGAAUGCGUCAGUUUGAAAUUGUGCCCAUGUUCCGAGUGGAUCCAUACGAUGAAUUAUCGGGGGCUCAAGUGAUUAAAAAAUACAACAAUUGGUAUGAUUCUGCUCCGACUUCCGUUGUUGUUAAGGAUAUAGAUCUAGUAUAUCUAGGUAUGCUUAAUGAUAGGAAUCUGGGUUUAGUAGGCUAUUAAUAAGAAAUAAUAAUAGUAAAGGUAAAGAUACUUUUAGUAGUAUUAAUAGAAGGGAGGGGGGUAUUAGUAAUAUCUGUCAUAUCCCUGUGGAUAAUAGCUAUAAAUAGAAGGGGGAAUAGCUAAUUGAGGCAGGUUGUUUUUUUGUUGGAUGUCAGAACUUUGGAGAUUGGGCCUCUCGAAUUCACCCCUGAGCAUUGUAUCCUUCGUGAACUGUUCGGUUAGCUAAUAAAGUUUUCCUAUCAUCUCUCUUACCCUUUUCACUAUGAACUUCUGGUGGUAUUGACCUUGUCUAUCAAUGGUAUCAGAGCACUCGCUCCUGGAGUCUUAAUUAUCGCGGAAGAGGAGAGUUUAUGAUUUGCGAUGCUGAGAUACGAACGAACGAAGAUUGUCGCUGAGCAGAGCAGAGAACCGCGACGGUCAUAACUGGACGCCUUUGGUUCGAACCUGGAGGUGCGCUCGAACCUGGAGAAGCGUUCGAACAUGAAGAGGAAAUCUGCGAUGGAGAACAUCGCUGCAUCCUUGGCAGCGAUAACGAACAGUUUCAAACCAGAGGAAGAUCGCACACUUCUAAACAUCUACGAACAAAGGAAUCUGAGAGUCUAGCUGCGUCGGAAGGUAAUUCUAUCACUCUAGCACUAGUAAGGGACGCUAUAGCAGUAGAAGAGAUAUCCGUACAAGAAUAAAGGUUGAACUACCGUUGUUUGACGGGGAUGAUGCAGACAGUUGGAUUGUGAGGAUGGAAGAAUAUUUCCGUCUCAAGGCUACUGGGGAGAAAAAUAAAGUUGAAGUCGCAGCAGAGGCUAUGGAGGAUGAUGCGUUUUACUGGUUUCAAGGGUGGGAAUUUCGAACGCGAGGAAAGAGUUGGGAAGUUCUGAAGGAGGACAUAAAUCGGUGUUUCCAACAACGCAGUCAGAAGUCAGAGGACCAGGAGUCGCGAUCGUCAAGGAAUUCUCACAGUUCGCAAUCGCGAUUUUCUUCUUCGCAAUCACGAAUUUCAUCAUCGUCGCCAACAGCUCUUCCCGGUUCGCAAGCGUCUGGGCGAGCAGAUGUCCUUAGUUCACCGGCCCCGUCGCAUACAGCCUCUCAUAGGUCGCAGAGUUCGACGUUCACAUAUCAUUCCAGUUCGCAGGGGUUUCCGGAAGCAACUUCUCCUAAUCCAUCAGAUUUGCGGCAAACUGACACAUACGCUAGCAUAUUCUCCAGUUCGCAGUCGCCAGUUUCCUCCCUAUCAGAUUCGCUGAGUUCGCAGGUUUCCUCACCAGCAGGAUUUCACAGCUCAUCGUCGAUUGGAGUUUCUCACCUUGCGCCAGAUUCAUCAGCUUCCAAAACCUUCGAGUUGGUCUCAUCAGGGAAGGAAUCGCAGGGGACUACACCAACGACACUGAACAUAGAACUGAAGCCGGUUGCAGCAUCAGUUACAGAAUCAGACCCUGAAGAGGAUAUUAAUCAACCUACAGGAUUUUCAUCAGACACCAGGGAAGGUUUCACUGGACGUGGAUUGGAGGUUUUGAUGGAUAAGAUGUACUGCCAUUCAUCACAUAUUACUCGGAGAACACUGAACAAUUUGGAUAGCCUCAGAAUUGAUGGCUUUACUUCGAUGAUGUAUAAUCAAAAUGGUUUGAGGGGAGGAAUUACUAGGAAUUUUAAGGAGUAUGUUGAAUAUGUUACUGAAGUUGAGGCUGACGUGAAUUUGUUGCUUGUCAACGAUCUCAAUCUUAAUCUAUUACCAUACGCCAUUAUCUCUGGGGAAGAGGUUAGGGGUCUGCCUGCAGUUUGUCUAUCUGUUCCCGAGGAAAUGAUAGGUUUUCACUACCCAACUCAGAUGACUAUUGCUGUUAAAAGGAUCCAGGCACUCCAUAAAAGAGAUAUGGAAGAGAAAAAGGGUGUCAAUGAUCUCAGUCGUGGAAACUUCCUAGAGGCCAUAAUCAUUGGUGAAGAUGUGAGGAGAAUGCCAGCAGUUCAUGUCCCUGUGCAGAAUAGAGGGGUAUGUUUUGACUACAGGUUUCAUAUGGAAAUUGCUGCUCAUCAACUCAAGAUACUCAGGAAAAGACGUGAGGAUUGGCAUUUGAGUGACACACUUACUAAUAGCAGAUGGAUGGGGAAGUGUGUCAUUGAUGCUGAAGAUCACGAUCAAACUCUUAUGGGUGAAGGAGUUUUAUUAUUAUUCCAGGGUGUUUUACCAAAGCAAGGUGUUAUGAAGGAACUACAUAAUAGUGCAAUAAAAAAAUCAGUUUUCAAUCACUCAGAGGUCAAGGCAGGGAUGACAAUAAUGGGCUGCAAUUUGAUACUUUCGGUAAAUUGGGACUCCUCAGAUUCUGGGCUAAGAGGGGAUGAUGAAUUAGAUCUUUGCAAUGUUGACAGAAAAUUUCACGCAAUAAAGGAGUUGGAUGCUGCUAUCUAUUUUAAGAAUCAUGGUGGUGUUUUCAGACCUAUUUCAGACUACCUGAUGUGUAGAAUAAGUGUGGAUCCGGACCCUACUAUUCAGGCUGCUGUUAACGGACUGGAAGCUGAAGCAAAAUGUCAACCUUACAAAAUGGUCUUAUGCUCCAAUGAUCCAGAAGAGAACUGUUCUGUAGAGAAAUACAUUCAAAUCAGGGAAAAGAUAAAUGGGAAGCAAGGCUGGAAAAUGGCCAGUUCUCUUUCUGGUGAAGGGAAGGCUUACCAGCAACAAAAAACAUUCUGGAAACUUUACAUGAUAGGAAAAGACUGGAAAGAGGAAGAAGUUGAAAGGUACGGAGAGAAAUUUGCAUCCAGUGCAGUAUUAGUUUCAGAAGAGAAAAACAAUGAGGAGCUGCAGAAAAGUACAGAAACAUUUGCUGCUGUUGAGUGUUUGAAAGUUACUGAAGUGAAUGAAACUUCACUAAAGAUCUCUUCUGCCAUUGAAAGGUCUAUGAUUUUAAAAGAUCUAGUAUUGAAGUCCCUACUAGUCCAUCAACCAGUCAAGUAUUGGGAAGGGAGAGGUGCAAGAAUGAAGUGCAAGUGGAAGAUCAUGGCCGAUUCCUAUCACCCACCUUGAGGACAAGGUGGUUAUUUAGGGGGGGAGUAUUGAUAGGAAUCUGGGUUUAGUAGGCUAUUAAUAAGAAAUAAUAAUAAUAAUAAUAAUAAUAGUAAAGGUAAAGGUACUUGUAGUAGUAUUAAUAGAAGGGAGGGGGGUAUUAGUAAUAUCUGGCAUAUCUCUGUGGAUAAUAGCUAUAAAUAGAAGGGGGGAAUAGCUAAUUGAGGCAGGCUAUUAUUUUGUUGGAUGUCAGAACUUUGGAGAUUGGGCCUCUCGAAUUCGCCCCUGAGCAUUGUAUCCUUCUUGAACUGUUCGGUUAGCUAAUAACGUUUUCCUAUCAUCUCUCUUACCCUUUUCACUGUGAACUUCUGGUGGUAUUGACCUUGUCUAUCACUUAACCAUUACUUUGUUAAGAAUAAGAUAGAAGCUACGGUUCUUAAUAAGUUACUCCGUGAGGGGGAAACACGUAGAGAAAACUUAAGCCGCCAAUAUAUGGGUCUGUCUCUGAAUUGGAGAGGUCGAAUGUUUGUUAUGAAACAAGGACGAUAGCUUUUAUGAAAUAUUUGAAGAAACUACAAUCAUUUUCCUCGAUUAAUAAUAUGAGGAAAAUACUUCCGAUCACAAUUUAUCGGCUACCGGUAUUCUACAAUAAAAUGACCUCUGAUUCUUCCCUUCAUGGGCUUAUGCUAUUCCUUCCGUGUAUCCUAAAACGGCCUCUUACAUUUGUUGAAGUCAAUAAAUGAGUGUUUGUUAGUUACCAUGUCACUGGUUUUGAUUCAAACCUCGACAGGUAAGAAGAACCAUGUGUAUUAAUCAAGACUCUAAUUGUUACUGCAAUUUCAUCUCUUACUGCAAUUGUUACUGCAAUUUCAAGACUCUAAUUAUGGGCUGUUCAAACAGUUCUUGUUAAUGAUUUUGGUGAACCAGAUGGCUUCUUCACUCUUCUCAUUUAUUGCAGCGAUGGAUGGGAGUCGCAAAUACAUUUUUUGGAUCCUUUGCUUGUGUUGUUUGCUUUGGGUGGCAUUAUUUCGUUUCUAGAUUCAGGGCUGUUGGUCUUUAUCAUUGAUGUAUGAAUGCAGUUCUUGCCAAUGAGUGUAAUGGAAAGAAGAGCUGGAGACAUGCAAGCACAUGCAUCUCCAAUAUCACAGUGGGGUUGACAGGCUGGAUAGAUCUUCCGUCCAUUGAAGUGGGAUAUGAGGAUCUAAAUCGAAGUGGGAUAUGGGCAUCUAAAUGUGUGGAGAUGCUUAUGCAGUCAGCAGAGCUUUGACUUCAUCAUCUUCACUAUCAAUUUCAAUGAGGUUUACUGAACGCCCUUCACGUCAGCAAAAGCAAGAAGCAGAGGAUCACUAUUAUGAUGAUGUUAGUGGAAUAAUCAAACCAUGCUGGGACAUCCUUGCUCGCUUUUGCUAGCGUUGGCUGGAAAGCUUGAUAAAGAUUUAAGGGUGGGAGGAAGUGUAACAUAAAAUGGGCAUGACCUGAACGAAUUCGUGCCUCAGAACAGCUGCUUACAUUAGUCAACUCGAUUUGCACAUCAGAGAAAUGACUGUUCGAGAGACCCUAGAAUUUUUGGCGAGAUGCCAGGGCGUGAUGUCUCUUUAUGGUUCAUAAUUAAUUUAUAACAGAAAUGUUAGCGGAGUUGUCAAGAAGUUAGAAUGCAACAAAUAUCAAGCCUGAUCCAGAUAUUGACGUAUACAUGAAGAUAAGUGGGACUGGAAGAAUGUGUGGACACAAAUGAUAAGAGGUAUAUCAGGUGGGCAGAAAAAUUGUGUGACCAUAGGUGAAAUGAUGGUCGGACAGGCAAAAGGUCUUUUCAUGGAUGAAAUCUCAACAUGCACAUUCUCAAGAGCACUGUUGUCAUUUAUAAUCUCUUCGAUGAUAUCAUUCUGUUGUCGGAUGGGUAUGUUAUUUACAAUGGGCCUCACGAUGACAUUGAAUUUCUUUGAGUCCAUGGGAUUAGAUGCCUCAAAAGAAAAUGCAUAGCAGAUUUCUUGGAAGAAGUGACUACCAAGAAAAAUCAACAGCAAUAUGCUGCAAUGAGCCUUAUAGGUAUGUGAAGGCUAAGGAAUUUGCCGAGGCAUACCAAUCUUUCCAUGUCGGGAGGAAAAUGGCGCAUGGAAUUUCGGUCCAAUCCAAUAUAACUAAAAGUCACUCUGCCGCUUUAUCAAAUGACAAAUUUGGUAUAGGAAAGAAGCAGCUCUUGAAGGUUUGCAAAGAGAGAGAAUAUAUGCUAAUGCAUAGAAACUCAUUUGCUUACAUCUUCAAGAUCAUUCAGGCUGUUCAAACAGUUCUUGUUAAAGCUUUUGGUGAACCAGAUGGUUCUUCACUCUUCCAAAUUUAUUGCAGCAAUGGGUAGGACUAUGGGAGUCACAAAUACAUUUGGACCCUUUGCUUUUGUCGUUUUCUUUGGGUGGCUUCGUGCUCUCUCGAGAUGAGUAGUGAAACACUGGUGGAGUGGUGGAUUUUGGGGCUACUGCUCUUCCCCAUUGAUGUAUGCAAUGAAUGCAGUUCUUGUCAAUGAGUUUAAUGGAAAGAGCUGGACACAUGUAAAAUCACAAAUAUCUCCAAUACCACAGUGGGGAUUUCCAAACACACACACACACAUAUGUAUGACUGAGCUACAUUCUUUUUUGUAUUUUUUUCUAUUUAAAAUUUCAAUAGGUUGCCCGAAUGGAACUAAACCACUUGGAGAUGAAGUGGUGAAAUCAAGAGGAUUCUUCCCAGUUUCCAGAUGGUAUUAGAUAGGUCUUGAGGCACUUUUUGGGUUCACAUUAGAAUUUUGCAUUACUUUAACUAUAAAUGUGCAGUUUUGUGAAUGAUAUAGUGCAUCAUUUUGGAGUGUUCUCAUUUCUCACGUUAAGGAGUGUUCUCACCGGAACCGCA